CGAGAGCUGGGUAGGGCUGCCAGGGUUAAGUUUCUGUUGCGUCAGUUGCUAGCAAGAGAUUGAAAGCAAGUCGGGGCGGAGGCCGAGAGCGCGUUAUUUAUUGCCUGCCCCUCGCCCGCCUCCCUUCCACCUCUUUCUUCCUCUCUCCUUUUCCUCUACUUCUUCUCUGCUUCACUAUCACCAUCUCAGAAGUCCUCCGUCUUCUCGUCUACGAGCUCGUUUCACGUCUUAUCUAGGUAAGCCGAUGGCUUCCGUCGACCCCGAGAUGGCCGUGUUUGGUGGUUGUGGUGGGAUACUAACUGCUACCCCGCUAUACAGAAUCAUCCCGCCAUCAUGGUUGUCAAGGUACAUACAAUAGCAGAAAAACGACCCUUUUUGCACUGCAGUUCGUCAGAUUAACAGGAGCCCAGGUCGGAAUCAACGGCUUCGGUCGUAUUGGCAGAAUUGUCUUCCGCAAUGCGUGAGUUGAGCCUCGACAAGUGGGAUUCGGGGGUGGAUGCCAUGAGAGAAGGACAGUUAUAGCUGACUACGGUGCUACAGCUACGAGAACCCAGACAUCCAGGUUGUUGCUGUCAACGACCCUUUCAUUGAGACCAAAUACGCCGUAUGUUCUAUGUCUGUCUGGGGUGCAUUGAUGCAAUGACUUGGUUGUCGUGCUAACAUAGAUCGACCAGGAAUACAUGUUAAAAUAUGACUCUCAACACGGCCAAUUCAAAGAUGAUAUCAAGCACAACGAGUGUGGCCUCAUCGUUGGCGGCCAGCACAUCAAGUUCUACGCUGAGCGUGACCCAGCCAACAUCAAGUGGUCCGAGACUGGAGCUGACUACAUCGUCGAGUCCACCGGUGUCUUCACCACCACCGAGAAGGCCAGCGCUCACUUGAAGGGAGGUGCCAAGAAGGUCAUCAUCUCUGCUCCCUCUGCGGAUGCUCCCAUGUUCGUAAUGGGUGUCAAUGAGGAGAAGUACACUUCCGAUAUCCAGGUUCUCUCCAACGCUUCCUGCACCACCAAUUGCCUUGCUCCCCUCGCCAAGGUCGUCCACAAGAACUGGGGUCUCAAGGAAGGUUUGAUGACCACCGUCCACUCCUACACUGCCACCCAGAAGACCGUCGACGGUCCCUCCGGCAAGGACUGGCGUGGUGGCCGUACCGCUGCCCAGAACAUCAUCCCCAGCAGCACCGGUGCCGCCAAGGCCGUCGGAAAGGUCAUCCCAGAGCUCAACGGAAAGCUGACUGGUAUGUCCAUGCGUGUGCCCACAUCCAACGUCUCCGUUGUCGACUUGACCUGCCGCACCGAGAAGCCAGUCACCUACGACGAGAUCAAGAAGGUCAUGAAGGCCGCUUCCGAGGGCGAGCUUAAGGGUAUUCUCGGAUACACCGAGGACGCCGUUGUCUCCACUGACAUGAACGGCAAUACCAACUCCUCCAUCUUCGAUGCCGGUGCCGGUAUCGCCCUCAACGAGAACUUCAUCAAGCUCGUCUCCUGGUACGACAACGAAUGGGGCUACUCUCGCCGUGUCGUUGACCUCAUCUCCUACAUUGCCAAGGUCGACUCUGGCAGCAAAUAGCAAUUAACGGGAAGCGCGGAACAACGGAGCAUGCUCUAGUUAGGUCCACCACCAGUUUCCCAUUUCUCUCUCUUCCUGCCUAUAUCCCACUAUCAAUAUAAACCAACAAAAGUGGAUACCAUCUUACCCCAGAAAAGUAAAUAAAAAAAAGAAUGUAAUUCUCUUUGCCUGUGAUGGGCUGAAAUAUUCAUAAGAAUGGAUAAAUAUGAAAUCAAUGCCACUAUCUCAGUAUCCCCAGCUGGCAUCAUAGCAUGUCUUGAUAAAACGUACCUGUAGUGGGCUUGUCUGACUGUUUCAAGGCCGGUCUCCAAUCUCGCCUUAUCCUUGAACCUCUCAAUCUUCAACUUGAAUCCAUUUACAUCAAACUGAUCUAUAUAUCUGCUCUCAAACUGUUCUCAUGCUACCCUUAACCUACCCCUAAUCAUCGUAAGCCAUCUUUAACUGCAAAAUGCGCGCGAGCAAGGUCUAUCACGUGAACAGCUAACUAUCUAUAUCACGUGACUCCUAUUUCUUAAGGCCAGAAAGUUACGCCCUCAAAGCUUCAUCAAGUUGCUUGACUUGCUCGAUCUUCAUCCACUGGCUGCUGCGUCUUGCACUGCAUCUUCUUCUUCGUCGCAGGCUGUCUGCAUCUUAUACCCUGGAAUUGGCAACUCUGGCGGCUACAGGCCACACAUAGCUCUCGCUCUAUGUGCAUCUGGCGCCGCUGACGUCUUUGCCGUGCAUCUAUACCUUCUAUACACAC